GUAGACUCGAAUGCUCUCACCGCCAUUUUCAGUAGCUGGUGUCGCAGGAGUGGUCUCUGAAGUCCCCAGCUAGCCGUGCUAUUUGUUGCUGAUAGCAAUCGUGAAAACCCUCGUUUUCGAUAUUAUUUGCGAUAGUGUUAUUUUUUUUAAAGAAAUAAUCAAACUAGCGAAAGAAGAUGUCCAACGAACAGGGCGAAAACGCGACUGAGAAAGUAGGCCAGCAGCAGCAGCCGCCGCCGCAACAGCAACCGCAACAGCAGCAGCAGCAGCAGCCGGGAGAAAUCAAUGGGAAAGUCAAGCAUGAGCCUAAUGUCAGCAGGAAAGAGAGGCCCCAGAAGAGAGGUGGAACCGGACGCUAUGAACCCUAUGGGAAUGUGAACAAGAGAUACCGCGUGUUUGUCAGCAACAUCCCAUAUGACGUGAAAUGGCAAGCCCUCAAAGACCUAAUGAAAGAAAAAGUGGGUGAGGUAACGUACGUGGAACACUUAAUGGACGCAGAAGGCAAAUCGAGGGGUUGUGCUGUUGUUGAGUUUAGGACUGAAGAGCUAAUGAAGAAAGCAGUUGAGAAGGUUAACAAGCACAAUCUUAAUGGACGACCCCUGAAAGUGAAGGAGGACCCUGAUGGUGUCAUAUGUCAGAGGGAAAUCAACAAGUCUCAAGGUGUAGGCCCUCAAGGAGGACAUGGAGGGAUGGGAGGAAUGGGUGGAAUGGGAGGAAUGGACCGCAUGAACAACAUGAACAAUAUGAACAACAUGGAGCGUAUGGGACCUGGACCAAAUGGCCCCAUGGUCAACAUUCCUCCCAGCCUGAUGAACAACCCCAACAUCCCUAAUGAAGUCAUCCAUGGUCUCCAGGCUGGCAGAAUUGGCAGCACUAUCUUUGUUGUUAAUCUUGAUUACAAAGUGGGCUGGAAGAAGCUAAAAGAGGUGUUCAGCAUGGCUGGUGUGGUGUUGAGGGCCGACAUUCUGGAGGACAAGGAAGGGAAGAGCCGAGGCAUGGGCACAGUAACAUUUGAAAUGCCUAUUGAAGCAGUCCAAGCUGUCUCUAUGCUCAAUGGACAACUGCUGUUCAACAGGGUCAUGCAUGUCAAGCUGGAUGAGAAAUCCCUGCCCAAAGAUUUUGGACAACCUGAUAGAGCUUCUUCUCUUCCACGUGGUCUAAGUGGUGUUGGUAUGGGUCUGGGGCCUGGUGGCCAGCCUAUUGAUGCUAACCAACUUAACAGAGGUGGUGGUGGUGGAGGAGGAGGAGGAGGCGGAGGAAUGGGCAACAUGGGCCCUGGUGGAAUGGAUGGAAUGGGCUUUGGCAACAACAUGGGAGGCCGUAUGGGAGGUGGAAUGGACAACUUUGGAGGAAUGAACAACAUGGAUCGCUUUGGUUCUUCAGGAAUGGGCAGAAUGAAUGAGAUGGACCGUGGAAUUGGUGGUGCUUUUGACAGGGAGUUUGGGCGAAAUGAAAUGGGAAUGUCUCGCAAUAAUUUUGGGGACUCCUUUGAAAGAGGAAUGGGAAACUCCAUGGGUGGUAUGGAACGCAUGAACUCUGGAAUGGACCGACUGGGAAGCAACAUGGAACGCAUGUCCGGAAUGGACCGCAUGGGCAUGGACCGGAUGGAACGUGGGUCUGACCUGGACAGGCUGGGUUCUGGGUUUGAUCGAAUUGGCUCAGGUAUGGACCGGCUGGGGCCCAGUAUGGACAGGCUUGGACCUAGCCUGGACCGUAUGAGCUCCAGCAUGGACCGCGUUGGCCCCUCUGGGUUCGAUCGCUUGGGUCCAUCUGGUAUAGAUCGCAUGGGAUCUGGCCUGGACUUUGGCUCCCCAAUGAAUAUGGAUCGCAUGGGCAACACUGGCCUUGACAGAAUGGCCGGCAGCUUCGACCGCAUGGGCUCCACUGGAGGACUGGAUCGCUUCCCCACAGGUGGCCUUGACCGCAUGAGCUCUGGCAUGGACCGGAUGGGAUCUGGAGGAGUUGGUGGUGGCCAGUUCGAUCGCUCUGCUGACCUGGAUCGCGGAUUUGGCGGUAAUUCCUUUGGAGGAGUUGGUGCUGGAGGAGCUGGAACUGGGGGUGGCAAUGUCAGGAAGGGUUGCCAAAUCUUUGUCAGAAAUCUGCCAUUUGACUUCACCUGGAAGAUGCUGAAAGACACCUUCAAUACAUGUGGCAUGGUCCAGUAUGCAGAUAUUAAGAUGGAGAAUGGCAAGUCCAAGGGUUGUGGUGUCGUCCGCUUCGACAACCCUGAAACUGCUGAGCGCGCCUGCCGGACGAUGAAUGGCUACCGGCUGAAUGGAAGGGAGAUUGAUGUUAGAAUUGAUAGGAAUGCAUAAAUUAUGUGCCUGAGUUGUGGCAUUUCAUUUAGUCUAUCAUUGUCCAAACACUCUUUUGAUCUGAAUCACCCCUCAGCAAAAAUUAAUACACUUUGCUUGUUUAGAUAUGUGUAACUGCAAAUGUUAUUUUAGUUAGUACUUUGUAUCAGUGACAGUGUUUUGUUUUAGUUGUCUGAAAUUUUCGUAUUUCUUUUUUUAGAGACCAAUCUUUUAAUUUUUUUCUGUCAUGUUCAUCUUUCAUUGCCUUUGUUGUAUAAGGUGUUUUGAUAAGUAAAUCUCAACAUUUGAAAUUA